GAACCCGGAAGUGUGUCUUGUCAUGAGACAUUGUUAAUCUGGCUAAGAUGUCUGUGUUCGCUGUCUGGGUGCUCUCUAUCUGCCUGCUUUUAGUGCAGGGGAGUCCCGUUCAGAAAAGCGAUGGGGAACCGGUACCGCUUGUUAUAUGGCACGGAAUGGGUGACUCUUGCUGUAAUCCCUUCAGUAUGGGAGCCAUUAAGAAAAUGGUAGAAAGGCAGAUUUCUGGGAUUUAUGUGCUUUCUCUGGAGAUUGGGAACAGUAUUACUCAGGACAUGGAAAAUAGUUUCUUUCUCAAUGUGAAUGAGCAGGUGGCUAGAGUUUGUGAGCAGCUAGCAAAAGAUCCCAAGCUACAGCAGGGCUACAACAGCAUGGGAUUCUCACAAGGGGGUCAAUUCCUGAGAGCUGUGGCCCAGAGAUGUCCCUCUCCUCCCAUGCAUAACUUGAUUUCCAUUGGUGGCCAACAUCAAGGUGUAUAUGGCCUCCCCCAUUGUCCUGGAGAAGUGUCCCACAUAUGUGACUGGAUAAGAAAGCUGCUGAAUUCUGGAGCCUACACAAAACCCGUACAGGAACAUCUGGUGCAAGCAGAAUAUUGGCAUGAUCCGCUCAAUGAAGAGGCCUACCAAAAGAACAGCAUUUUCCUUGCCGAUAUCAAUCAGGAGAGAAGUGUAAAUGAAAGCUACAAGCACAAUCUCCAGAAGCUGCAGAAAUUUGUCAUGGUGAAAUUCCUUAAAGAUACCAUGGUUGUUCCACCAGAUUCAGAGUGGUUUGCAUUCUACAAACCAGGACAAAGUAUAGAUAUUGUCCCAUUACAGAACAGCACCCUGUAUAUUGAGGAUCGUUUGGGAUUAAGAGAAAUGGACAAAGCUGGGAAGCUGGUGUUCCUUGGUGUGGAGGGUGACCACCUGAGCUUCACAGAUGAAUGGUUUAAUGAGAACAUCUUACCAUUCCUGCACUGAGUACCCUUGAAACUGUACCAUUGUCACAAACUGCUGAAUCAACCACUUUGUUGAUAUUGUGAUGAUCCUCGCUGGAAGGAGCCAGGAGCCCUAUGCAUUCUUUAUUUCUCCCUAUAACACUGUCCUAACAGAACUUUAGGUAGAAGUUGACUGCGUUUCAGUAACUGCAUCAUUUUUAAAGAUUUUUAUUUUUUCAAAGAGACCAUUUUUCUGCAUAUCAAAAUGCAUAGCACUGAUGAGAGGGAAUUCCUCUCAAGACCGCAUAUAGUCUAUAAAAGCAACACCCUUCCAAGUUUAAUGUUUGUUUUUU